CUGGAUGUCACGGCGUUUUGCCGAGCGGUUUGUCAAACAAGUCUAAAGUUGUCCAGGAUGAACCCGGCGGCGAGGACACGGCAGCUGGGUGAAGUUUGUUCGCUGCUCGAGCCUCGUUUCACUGAAUGAUGAACAGACGAGCUGUUUUUUUCGCCGCACUGACUGAACGGGCUAACUGCUGCUAGCUGCUGCUAGCGUUAGCAGACGGCGUCAACCGUCGGUUUGAAUCGUUGACAAACUCGGUCAAGUUUGACCACAGGCGACUGAAAAGGAGGCGGCGAACACACGGGAGGACAGCAUGGAGAACAAGGACAAAGUCCAGAUGAGGAAUCACCCGCGAAGACAGCUGAAGAAGCUGAGCGAGGACAGUCUCACCAAGCAGCCGGAGGAAGUGUUUGACAUCCUGGAGAAGCUGGGUGAAGGGUCGUACGGCUGUGUGUUUAAAGCCAAUUACAAGGAGACGGGGGAGAUCGUAGCCAUCAAACAGGUUCCUGUGGAGUCGGAUCUUCAGGAGAUCAUAAAGGAAAUAUCCAUCAUGCAGCAGUGUAACAGUCCUCAUGUGGUGCGGUACUAUGGCAGCUACUUCAAAAACAGUGACCUGUGGAUCGUCAUGGAAUAUUGUGGAGCCGGAUCAGUGUCUGAUAUCAUCAGGAUACGCAACAAGACGCUGACAGAAGAAGAGAUCGCCUCCAUCCUGCAGUCGACUGUGAAGGGUCUGGAGUAUCUUCACUUCAUGAGGAAGAUCCACAGAGACAUCAAAGCAGGAAACAUCCUGCUGAACACGGAGGGUCAGGCCAAGCUGGCCGACUUUGGAGUUGCUGGACAACUCACAGACACGAUGGCGAAGAGGAACACAGUCAUCGGCACGCCGUUCUGGAUGGCUCCAGAGGUCAUACAGGAGAUCGGCUACAACUGCGUGGCCGACAUCUGGUCUCUUGGAAUAACAGCUAUAGAGAUGGCUGAGGGGAAGCCGCCCUACGCCGACAUUCACCCUAUGAGGGCCAUCUUCAUGAUUCCGACCAACCCUCCUCCCACGUUUCGGAACCCAAACCUGUGGUCGUCGUCGUUUCAAGACUUUGUCAAACAGUGUUUGGUGAAAAACCCGGAGAACAGGGCGACGGCCACCAAGCUGUUACAGCAUCCAUUUAUCAAGUCAGCCAAGCAGAGCGCCGUCCUCCGAGCCCUGAUCACAGACGCCAUGGAGAUCAAACUGAAGAAACAAGAGGAGGCGGAGCAGAGAGAGCAGGAUGCGGAGGAUGAUGACAACUCGGACGAUGAUGACGUCGACCACGGGACAAUGGUGCGGGCGGGGACCGGAGACUCGGGGACCAUCCGGGCUGCUGGUUCAGCAGGUUCGCCUAGCGGUACGACACGGACUAUGAUCGAACACGAGGACACGGGAACCAUGCAGUUGCAGCUGGGCACCAUGGUGAUCAACUCUGACGAUGAGGACGAGGAAGUGGACGGGACCAUGAAAAGGAGAGACGAGACGAUGCAGCCGGCGAAGCCGUCCUUCCUCGAGUACUUUGAGCAGAAAGAGAAGGAGGCGAACAGCCACAACGACGGAGGAGGAAGAGGAGAAAACAACGCAGACAACCGCAAACUGCCCGGAGAAGGAGAUCUGGAAGUGGUAAGCUCGUGGUCGGUGGAGGAGCUGCGGCUGAGACUCGCCUCUCUGGACCCUCAGAUGGAGCAGGAGAUCGAGGAGAUCCGUCAGCGCUACCAGGCCAAGAGGCAGCCCAUCAUGGACGCCAUCGAGGCCAAGAAACGGCGGCAGCAGAACUUCUGAGGAGAACCAGCUGAUCUCCUCACCAGCAGCUGCUCAGACGGUGCUGAGGUUUCCUGCUCAGGAGAUGAUGCAGCUGGAUGUGACGUCUGAUUUAGAAGAAACCUCUGAUGAUCAUGGAGCCGCUGAGUUUGUUAAACUGAGACUUGAUGUCAGAAGAACGUCCAAAGAGCUGAGAGACAGAAAUCACUGACGUUUGAUUUGAGGUUCCCUCUGUUCGGCCUGUUUGAGAAGAUCUUUGAGAACUUGUUUUGUGACUCAUCAUCAUCAUCGUCAUCAUCAUCGUCAUCAUCAUCGUCAUCAUCGUCAUCAUCAUCGUCAUCAUCAUCAU